UUAUAAUUUAGAAAUUCAUAAAUCGAUCAAUCAAACGAAGUGAGUUGCCAGGCACUGAGUACUGCCACAUACACGCGGCGCGUUAUAUCAGUGUCCUGUCGAUGUCUUUAAUGGAUGGAGAAAAAAAAAACAGUAGUGCAAAGAGAAAAAAAAAUGGACAUGUGUGAAGAUUGCAGUCUGGUGCAUCUCUGGUGAUCAGUGAAUAGAAAAUGAAGAGGGCGGUAGUACUAUCAUCUCUCCUAGCAAUAAGUGUCAUAUUCAUGUUUUUGCAGAUAUACUUUUUAAGUUUUCACAAUCGGUCCAAUGGUCGUGAUCACACAGAGUUGACGGCAGAAAUAAGACACCAUGAAAAGUCUAUGGCUUCACCUAACAACGUUAUAAAAUUAUUUGUAAAUAUCACCGCUGCCCAUAAUGUUCCAGUGUUUUUAAUUGACCCCAGUAUCUUACAAACCAUUGUGAACUACCAGAAGUCUGGUACGAAGACAGUUGGCAAGUGUAAAUACCUCUGUCAUAGCAGACUGGUCACCACUUUCGCUAUACUACACAACCAUUGGAAUCCCCAGACUCAAUUUUUAGUCACACUCAAAAAGAACGGCUUUACAUGGACACAUACAACAGGGCAAGAUCCACGCUUGCUAUCAGUACCGAGUAUGAAUGCAAUAGACGUGUCUCUGCAUUAUUUAUUCAUUAAUAGUCAUCAUGUUAUACAUUUAGUCAUAUUCUUUGAGAGAAAUGACAAUUACUGGUGGCAUGGACCAAUUACACUGCAGGAUACGUUUGAUUCACAUAUUGAAACAAUAGGACUUAAUCUAUCAGCGGUUUUGAUUGGUCAACAUGCUGGUGCUUAUGACAAAAUGGAAAUUAUGCAAUUCAAAGCUGACGGAUUGAAGAUAAAUGUUCCAAGAUAUCCAACCUUAUUUCUGGAACAAGUUCCGCAUUCACAAUUUAUAGAAUGUAACUACGCAAGGGCCAAAGAAUUCUUGGAUAAAAACGGGGACGAUAACAGCGCUGAUGCUGUACAUUUUAGAGUCAAAGCCAAGAAUUUACUUUCCAAGGCAAAAGAGUUGCUGGACCAGAUUGGAAUUCAGUUUUGGUUGAGUAGUGGAACUUGCCUUGGUUGGUUUCGAGAAUGCAACACCAUCAGUCACAGCAAAGAUGUUGAUAUCGGUAUAUGGAUAAAAGAUUACGAUGUACGAUUAAUACCAGCAUUACAGAUGAGUGGAUUACAUUUAAAACAUAUUUUUGGCAAGAGAGAAGACAGUUUUGAGUUAUCUUUCUUGGCAGAUGAUAUCAAACUUGAUAUUUUUUUCUUCUAUGAAGAAGGUAACACUAUGUGGAAUGGUGGAACACAAGUGAAAUCAGCAAAAAAAUUCAAGUACGUAUUUCCUCGAUUCACACUCUGUUGGACGGAGUUUCUGGGGAUGAAAGUACGAGUGCCGUGCCAAAGUCAAGCAUAUAUAGAGGCAAACUACGGGAAAGACUGGAAUACGAGGGUCAUGGAAUGGGACUGGAAAAAAAACCCACCAAAUGUGCAGGAAAAUGGGUAUUGGGAUUCUAAUGAAUGGUCUCAAGUUAUGCAGAUAUUUGGCUGAAAUUAUUUGUAUUCAGGAUUGGUUUGUUUUGAGGGAGGGUGUUAUAAUGAGAUAUUGACACACAACAAAUACAAUAUACAAAGUUAACAAGAU